UAUUCUAUUUUUUGUAAUUGAAGGUACCAUUAUUAUAAUUAACAGGUGCAUGAUAAAAAUUCUAGUUCUACAUCAAACUUAGCAGAUUUUGGAUAGAGAAUGAUUUAUGUGAAAUGGAUGAUAUAAAUAUAAUACAAACGUCGUUAAAUGUUAACACAUCUAUUGAUUAUGUAAAUGACAGUAACAAUCAUAAAAAUAAAAAUAGAUGGAAGAAUUACAAUGGGAAAAAACAUGAAAAUUCUAAAACUAAACAAAAAGAUAUCUUGGCAGUAAGUUUUCAGACAACACAAGAAUAUUCUUGUACUUCAUUACAAAUGAACACGUCAUUAGAUAUUUCAAAUAAAUUACAAAACGAUAACAAUACAAUUGAUGCUUUUCCAAUAAAAGAUAUAAAUUCUAUGAAUACAAGGAAUGAUAAUUUUGAUAAUGACAACAUUAUUGAUGAUAAUUACAAAACCAACAAUUAUGAAAUACAGCAUCAAAAUACUGUAAUUCAAAAAAAGAUGUGUGAUAGUGAACAUAAUGACAUUGUAAAUAAUAUAAUAGAUCUAUAUAGUAACUCAGAAAUGUGUACAAUUAUCAAAGAAUCAAGUGACAAAUGCAAUGUAGGAAUGGAUCAAAAUACAAAACAUUCCAUAAAAUUUCCUAAAGAAAAAAAAUCCAAAAGGAAAUUGUUACCACUACAUGAAUGUUCACAAUUAGUAUCAAUUUCUCCUGUACAAGAUGAAAAAUGUAUAUCUCCUGCAUAUUUAAUAUUUAAAAAAAGUCACAAGAGGAAAAAUAAUAAACCUAAUAAUAUAAAUAACAUAGAGAGUAUUAAUAAAAAUAAUAAUAGAGAUCACAACAGAAAAACACAGAAAAAAAAAAUAAUUAGUAAAAAAAUUAUUGUUAAAAAAAUCAUUAAUGAUGAUAUUUUACGGAGAUUAGAAGAAAAUAAGGAAAAUUAUAAGAGAGAGGAAACAAGAAAUGUUUAUACAGAAGAAAGAAAUUCAUCAGAUGAUUUUCAACUAUUGAAAAAUUCAUCUAUUGUACAUGUAAUGAAAAAAAAAACAAGAGAAAACAGAUUAAAUAUUGUUGCAACUGGUUUAUCCAAUGAAGAUAAGGAUAGAGUUAAAAGUAUUGUAAAAAUUCUUGGUUUAGCAAAGAUUGAAUCAAAUGUUACAAAAAAUACAACUCAUGUCGUGACUACAGGUAUACAUACAAUAAAUCUGUUACAUGGUAUUAUACGAGGUUGUUGGUUAGUUACUCUUGAAUGGGUUUUAAAAUCUUUAGAGAACAAUACUUGGUUAAAUCCAGAGAAAUAUGAAAUAGUACAUUUUUCAAAAGCAGUUUUGGAAAAUCGCAAAGACAGGCAAUUAUUUGGGAAAUCUUAUGUUCCAGAAUUGUUUACAGCUUGUGGAUAUAUAUAUGUUCAAAAAAAUACAACACCUCCUUAUAAUAUAUUACAAGAUCUAAUAAAAGCUGCUGGAGGUUGUGUUACUGAACAUCCAGAAACAGCAAGAAUUUUGAUUGGUACAGGAGGUUUAAAAGAAACAUGGAUCUUUGACUGUAUCACAUCAGGUGAAUUGCAGCCGCAUGAUCAAUAUAAACGAUAAUAAGUAUUGAUCUAUAUAAUAUUUUAAAAAUAAAACUUGAUAUUAAAAAC